GGAUGGAAGCAGGUGGUAUAUACAUGCUGUAGACUGAUAAACGUCUGUUAGAGAUAUACAGAAAGAGACGAAGCAAGAAGAAAAAAAAGUAUGUGAGGAUCGUCUCAAGGUUUACUGGCUAAAAGAUUUCCAAGGUCAGAGAGGACAAACAGGUGACAAAACAACGCGGGACUGUGAAGACUUAGUGAAAUCUUUCCAACAUGGCACUUUUACCAAAGCUGAGCAUUUUCAUCACUGUAUUAAUAAUAUCUUCAUGCUGGGCUGAUGUAAAGAGCAGCAGUAGCAGUAGCAGUAGCAGUCACAGCUCAUCCAGCACUAGCACAGAGUCAGAAAGUACUGCCAAUGCUUCAACAGCGACCGUCACAACACUGCCGAUCGUCACCUGGAAAUGGCACCAUGUAGAAACCCCGUAUUUGGUGGCAUUAUGGAUCUUCGUCUGCUGGCUCUGCAAACUAGUGAUACAAAUGAAUACCUGGCUCAAAAGCUUUUUUCCCGAGAGUGGACUCCUGAUCAUCUGUGGUUUUAUUCUGGGCGGUAUUGUCUGGGGCGCGGACAAAGUCCAGACAUUCAAGCUCAGCCCAAGAAACUUCUUCUUCUUCUUACUGCCACAGAUCAUCUUGGACACGGGCUACUUCAUGCCCAACAAGCUAUUCUUCAGCAACCUGGGUGCCAUCCUGAUUCACGCCGUUAUCGGGACAGUCUGGAACGCGGCUGCAGUGGGAGUCUCUCUCUGGGGCUGCUUUCUAGGAGGAGCUAUGGGUGACCUUGAUAUAGGACUGUUACAGUUUCUGUUGUUCGGCAGCUUGCUUGCUGCUGUCGAUCCGGUGGCUGUGAUUGCUGUGUUUGAGGAGGUGCAUGUGAAUGAGGUGCUUUUCAUCUGGGUGUUUGGAGAGUCGCUGCUCAAUGAUGGAGUCACAGUGGUGCUGUACAAUGUAUUUGAUGCCUUUGUGUCUCUGGGAGGAGCAAAGAUUAACGCUGGUGAAAUCAUCAAAGGCAUAGUCUCAUUUUUUGUUGUGGCAUUCGGUGGGUCGUUGAUUGGCGUGGCGUUUGCCAUCAUCAUCUCCCUGUUGACCAAGUAUACAGGGAAAGUUCAGAUCAUCGAAGCCGGAUUCAUCUUCGUGCUCGGCUAUCUGUCCUACCUCACAGCCGAGAUGCUUUCCCUCUCUUCCAUCCUUUCAAUCACUUUCUUUGGCGUUUGCUGCCAGAAAUAUGUGAACGCUAACAUGGAUGAAAAGUCUGUUACUACAGUGCGGUACGCUAUGAAAGUGUUUGCCAUUGGAUCAGAGACCAUGAUUUUCGUCUUCUUGGGUGUCACAGCCAUCGAUAACGUCAUCUGGGUGUGGAAUACCGGCUUUAUUUUGCUUACACUGCUUUUUGCGCUCAUCUACAGAUUUAUGGGCGUCUUCGCCUUGACCUGGGCUCUCAACAGGUAUAGACUGGUUCCCAUGGAGUACAUUGAUCAGAUAGUGAUGAGUUACGGUGGGUUGCGUGGGGCCGUGGCGUACGGGUUGGCGGCUUUAUUAGAUGAGACCAGGAUUAAAGAGAAGAACCUGUUGAUCAGCACAACUCUCAUUGUGGUGUACUUUACUGUCAUACUCCAGGGUCUGACUAUGAAGCCUCUUGUCCAGUGGCUAAAAGUGAAGAGGGUGAUACCAUCUGAACUGAAACUUAUUGAGAAAGUGAACAACAGGGCAUGUGAGCAUAUCCUGGCAGCAAUGGAGGACAUUUCUGGACGUAUAGGAGAUAACUGGUGGACUAGAGGAUGGAAGAGGUUUGAGGAGACCUACAUUACCUGGUUUUUGAUGAAGCCAGAAGCCAGGAAAAACCAAGACUACCUUUUCAGCAUCUUCCACAAACUGAAUCUGGAGGACGCUGUUAAUUAUGUUAGCGAGGGAGAGAAAAAAGGAUCGCUGGCUUUCCUGCGAAACAAUGAAGGCGCUAAUGUUAAUUUUGAGAAAAAAUUUGGUUUGGAGUUUUCUGGAGUGAUGCCUGACAUCACAUCUGAGUUAGACUAUGGAACUGACAACGUACCAAUGACCUCCAUCAUAAGGGACACCGUUCCCUCAGUGUCUCUGAACAUUGAUGAACAAGAUAGAAAAGGCAUUAAUGAGGACAUCAAUGCCCACCACUUACUGCAGCAACAUCUGUACUGUAGCAGGAAAAACCACCGCCACAGAUACAGCCGAAGUGACUUCACCAUCAACCAGAACGAAGAUGAGGUGCAGGAGAUCUUCCAGAGGACCAUGAGAAGUCGCCUUGAAUCGUUCAAAUCUGCCAAGAUGGGGGUUACUCCGGCUAAGAAAAUCACCAAGCAUCCCAAGAAAGAGACAAACCAGAAAACGUCUAACUGCAAGGCUCCAGAAAAUGCAGCUCAUCCAUAUGGAGAUGAAGAUUUCGAGUUCUCUGAAGUAGACAGUACAUCCAGCAGCGAUGGAAGAGCUGCAGGCGCCAAUUUAUCUUCGUCAUACGCAAGUGGAGGUAUAGACAACCCAGCCUUCAUGCCAGAGAUGGACUCUCCUCCUCCUCCAUGGUUAACGGAGGCCGAGAACGAUGCCAGCGUGGCACCUUCUCAAAGGGCACAGCGCCACCUGCCAUGGAGUCCCAACAACCUGCGCCGCCUGGCACCGCUGAGGAUCAGUGACCGCUCGACAGACUCCUUUCUGAUGGCUGAUGCUCCUUCUACGGAGGAAUCGCACGAGGAACCGUUCGAAGAACCGCCUAAAAAUGACGGCACACAUCUGUAGCCUUUAUAUUAGCCACCUCACCGGAUCAGGAUUCACCUGAUGGGUACAGAAAGUAUGCAUUUGAA